AUGUAUACCUAUGGGGCAGAUAUUGAUGUUAUGACUGACCAUAAACCUUUAGAGUCCAUCUUUAGGAAACCGCUGCACAAAGUGCCUCCCCGUCUACAGCGAAUGAGGCUGAGACUCCAAAAAUACCACACUUCUGUCCGUUACGUGCCAGGCAAGUACCUAUACAUAGCCGACACCUUAUCCAGAGCAUAUGACACAGAAGCCCAAACCCAGACUAAUGACAUGCAUGACGAAAUGGAGCACAUGGUCCAUUGUAUUAUGACAGACCUGCCUGUCUCAGACACGAAGCUCUCACAGCUCCAAGAAAUAACAGGCAAGGACCAGGACAUGUUACUUCUUGGUAAGUAUAUAAGGGAAGGGUGGCCGCAAAACAGACAAAGUGUUCCAGUGCAACUUAGACCCUACUGGAAUGUGCGUCAUGACCUACACCUGUUAGAUGGGCUUGUCAUGAAGGACCAGCGAAUAGUUAUUCCAGUCACAUGGAGACCGCAAAUUCUCCAACAAAUACACAAGGGCCAUUUUGGUAUAGAGAAAAGUAAGGCUAGAGCACGGGCCGCGGUAUACUGGCCGGGUCUUAGUGCCGACAUCUCCGAAAUGAUAACAAAAUGUGACAAGUGUUUAAGUUUACAGAGAAAACAGCAGAAAGAGCCAAUGCAGCUCAGGGAGGUACCACUGUUGCCAUGGCAACACAUUGCAUCAGACAUUGGUGAGUAUCAAGGGAAGCUCUACCUAGUGGUCAUUGACUACUAUUCCAAGUAUAUAGAAGCAGUGAACAUGAGUGGGAAAAAAGCUGGACAUGUUAUCAAGGCGCUGACCGAAAUUUUUUCUAGACAUGGAUACCCUGAAACGCUCACAGCUGAUAACAACCCUUUUAAUGCAGAAGAAAUGCACGAAUACGCCAGUCGAUGUGGAUUUAGAGUUAUUCCUACUAGUCCUUUAUACAGCCAGUCCAAUGGCCUGGCAGAGAAAGCAGUAGGGAUUGUAAAGGGAAUCCUAGGUAAGGGAUGCAAUCUACAUGAAGGUCUAAUGGUCUAUCGCAACACUCAGGUAAGUAAUUUUCCAUACUCUCCUAACCAGAUGCUUUUCAGUCGUCAGGUACGUACAACCCUCCCCAUGCACCCUAGAGCACUUCUCCCCACUGUGCAUGAUGACAUCCGCACACAGCUACAGGAUCGGCAAUUGAAAACAAAAGAGUACUAUGAGAAGGGAUCAAAGCCCAUACCCCCAUUGAAGGAAGGGGAUAUGAUAAGGUUUUAG